UAAUCGGAUGGUAAAUUAAAUGUAUCACCAAUAUCAUGUUGAAUCUAAUAAAAUAAACCGUAAACGAAUAAGUAUCAUACGAACAUGUGAAAAGUGUGACUUAGUUUUAGCAAGUAAGGAAUGAAUGCAAAAACACCAAAGGACUAGACACAAGUUAUUUCAUGACGUUAUAUCUAAGGUAUUACAGGUGUAUUGCAGUUGUUUUUUUCUACUAAAGAAUAAAAAAUUUAAUCAUAAUUUAUGGAAUUAUUUAUUUGUUACAUUGCAAUAACGACACAUUUCUAUCAAGUUUUUGGUGUACCAAUAUCGUAUUGUUAUUGAAAUUUUAAUUAGUGGACAAGCCGCUUGAGAAACAUGACUAUUCGCACAAAAAAGAUUAUUUCAGGGUAUAAUAGUUAUAAUUAUACUAUUAAAUCUGAUAUAAAUCAAAAAAAAUAUUUUAUGAAGAUUAUCGUUACUCUGGUAUAUUUUGUGGUAAUCUACUCUCAAUCAAUUAUAUUAUGUGAAGAAACUGAAGUAAAAAAAGAUUCGGAAAGUCAAAAAAAAUAUUAUAAUGUUACUGUUGAGGCAGAUAGUAUUAGAACUAAAGUAUUUGUUUCAGUUUUUGUUAAAAGUUCUACGAGUAAGAAACGUAGUUGGUUUUCUUGCUGGAGAAAUUCAAGUGAAGAAAGUAUUUAUGAACUUUUAGACUUUACUGGUCUAAUAGCAGAUUAUUCUUUAGUCGCAUUGUAUCAUAACGAACAAACAUUGAUUAAUUCAGUAUAUAAAGUAUUAGACGAUGCUCAACGAUUUUUGAAAUUAAAUUAUUAUAUUGUACACGCACCAAUUGUAUUCGCAUUAACCGCUGGUUUAAGACUGUUUAAUAAAGAAUCCGAAACAAUAGUCAAUCAAGUAACCAACAUUUUGAGUCAAUAUAGAAAUGUAUAUCAAAUAAAUGAAAAUGCAGUGCUUAUAAUGAAUGAAAAUAAUGAAGGAUUUUAUGCUUGGUUAACAGUUAAUUUAAUGAACAAAACCAUAAAGGACUUAGAUAAAACAAUAGCUGUUUUAGAUCUACGUGAUUCAUCUUUACAAAUCAUUUUUUAUUUACCACCUAAAAACCUACAAAACUAUGAGUCACAAUUUGUAAAAAAAUAUACAAUCAUGGGAAUAGAGAGACAUUUUUAUAAUCAAAGCCAUUUAGAUUUUGGUUUGAUGGAAAUGCGAAUAAAAAUUUUGACAUCGAAUAACAAUAAAUCCAUCUAUUCUUCUCCAUGCCAUGGCAUAACUGAUAAUUUUUUAUAUACAUAUAUUUUUAAUAAUUACGAAAUCACUGGGUCAAGUCCUAAAGAUGAUAUUUACAAACUAUGUUUGAGUGCAGUUCAAUCUUUAAUCGCAGAAAAUGUGAAUAAAGUAACUAUUAAACAACCUAUCAUGGCGAUUUCUUUUUUUCACGAAACUGCAUUAGAAGCUAAAUUAAUUAGUAAUACUGAGGAAUGCAUAACAAUUGAAAAAUUUAAAAAUGCCGCUAUACAAUGUUUUAGCCAAACAUUUGAAGUCAGUAAACCAUUCAGAUGUUUCGAUUUGGUCUAUAUUUAUGCAUUAUUGAAUCAUCUAAUUAAUGUUGGUGGCAAUCCUUCAAUCACUGUCAAGAAUUAUAAUAUCAUUUCUGAUAUAAGUUGGGCCCUUGGAGCUGAUUAUUUAAAACUACCUAUAAUUGAAAAUAAAUGAACAUGAAAAAUUUAAAUUUGCUGAAAAAUGAAGAUUAA